AUGAAGACCGGUGCCCAUUCUCUGCUCGCUCUGGCGGCCAUUGCCUCCACCACGCUCGCUGCCCCAACCCCAGCAACCGCCGACAUCAGCUUCCCCAUCACCGACCUUGCCGACACCGACUUCAGCCCCAGGCAAUACCUCGCAAAGCUCGAGAGCGAGGCGCACACUCUCUCCAAGCGCCAGUACGGCGGUACCACGUACAACCAGCUCACUGACGGCACCGCCUGCCGUCCCAUAAGCGUCAUCUACGCCCGCGGCACCAACGGCGCCGGAAACGUGGGAGAGGCCGGUUCAGAGGGCCCGAGUUUCUUCAAUGCUCUCGCCUCGCGCCUAGGAGGAACCGGCCAGCUCGCCAUCCAGGGCGUAAACUACCCUGCCACUGUUCUGGGCUUUUUGGCCGGCGGCGACGCAAACGGAGCUACUACACUGUUCAACCUAAUCAACACGACCAUUACCCGCUGCCCCUCAACCAAGAUCGUUCUCUCGGGCUACUCGCAGGGCGCCCAGCUGGUCCACACAGCCACCCAGCGCCUCACUGCUGCCGCUGCCGCGCGCGUCAACGCCGUCGUUACCUUUGGCGACCCAGACCGCGACGAGUCGUUUGGCCCCGUUGCCGCCUCCAAGGUCCUGAUCAUCUGCCACGACGGCGACAACAUCUGCGACAACGGCAUCAUUAUUACGCCUGCCCACUCCAACUACGAGAUUGAUGCUCCUGCUGCCGCCGCCUUUGUGGCUGCCCGUGUUUAA